AUAAGCCCUACAAACAACAACCACUCAAUAACCACCCCAAGCAUCAUACACCUUUAAUAUUGUCCUCUAACAUGUCUCACUCACGAACCACGAGCAAUAUGAGCAACCUGAGCAACCUGAGUGAGACCAUCAGCGAACCUGAUUCUGUCCUCAGUUUCAACGAGAACGUGUAUCUGUCCAUGCAAAAUGCUGAUAUAUCCACUGCGACCUAUGUGAAGCAGGCUCGACAAAUCCUAGACCAGCUAAUGACAAAGCAAAACAGGUGGAUUGAAACUCCACCACGCGUGAACAACUUGGACGCAUCCAGGGUUCUAGACGUGAUGCUGAGGAACGCUCGCCAAAGCGGUGGUGAAAAAUCUGAGUGUUAUACCGCCUGUGCUAUUUGCGCAUGUCCGGAGAUCUACGAGCAAGUCAACCUCGCGAGGACUUGGUUUAUGUAUUUGCUAUGGCCAUCCUCAGUAAGUGCCAAUCUGGAACGGCAUAGUGGAUUUAGGAGCGAUGUACAUCCCACUGUCAGAAAGGUGGCUUUCAAUGGUUAUAGAUGCGUUGUUACCGGUAUGUGGGAUGGAGAACACAGGCCCGCCAGUAGCGAUCAGCCUUGGAUAACCUUGACAGGAGCGCACAUCCUGAAACGGGCCGUCGGUGUUUUCACCCUGGAACGGGCGCAUACUGCGGCUGCAACGUGGAAUAUCAUUCGACAUUACUCAGGAAUGUCCAAAGAAACUAUUCAAGAUAUGGAAAGGCUCGUAGAUGAUCCUUCCAAUGGCAUGAUGCUCAAACAUCAUACCCACAUUGUUUUUGAUAAGCUAAAAGUAUACCUCAAACAGACGGAGCGAGAAAACAAGUACGUAGUCAAGGAAGUUAGCAGCGGGUGGUGGAUACAUCGCAACAUUCUCAAUAGAACUAUCACCUUCCGGAAUCACGCUACCCCUACACAAGACAUACCGUUGCCUAACCCUCAUUUCAUCGCCCUACACGCAGCCAUCUCUCAAAUUUUGCAUAUGAGCGCAGCAGGAGGCAAUGCCGGAAUUCUGAAAAGCAAUGGAAAUCUAGUACAUCAAUUAUCUUCGAUGAUGUCUGCACUGUAUAUAAUCACCCCGUUGGAGUCCACUGCAUAGAGGUUGUAGUAUUGUCUGUAAUAUUGUUGGUGUAAGUUCAAUGAAUGUACCAUCGGACCUAAAAACAUGUAUGGCAUGCGAGAUACAAAGAUGCAGCCUUGCAAGGAUAGUAUGUGCUAAGAUAUGUCUGUAUGUUGUGAAUGUUGAGCAGCCUGGAUUUGAUCAAACAAAGAACUUUGCUAGCACAA